GAAAGAGCAAGGGACAGCUGCGGCGCGGGAACAGAGCUGGGGGCACUACAUUCCAGGUGUCUCCUCGGGGUUCCAGCCGCCCCGGCCCGCAACCUGAGGAAGAAAAUCCCCCUGCACCUGCCGUCCGCCCUCGAAGGGGUCCCGGAGAGCGUAUCCGAAGCCCGCAGCUGGAGCCACUUCGCCCGCAGCGCCGUGGGACUACAGUAGCGAGGCGACCCGGGUGCCGGCUCCAGGCUUCCACUCUUCGGAAAGAGCACAGUGGGGAUCACCGCCUUCCCUCACUGGGCACAACUCCGGCCAGUAGCGCACGGCUGGACCGAGUACCGCUUCCCGGCGACUCACCCAGAGUGAAGGGACAGCCCCUGCCCGCCCGCAGCUCUUGUAGUGCUAGCUUCCCCCGCACCUGCGCGGAUCCCCCACGCCCAGGUGGGGAGCCCCUUGGCUCUCGGUCCCGGCAGCGCCCCUGGCCGGAUGGAAAGCGCGCGGGUUGUAUUUCCCUGAGUGCUGGCGCCAGUCGCCGUCCAAGCUGAGCACUGGGGUCCGCCGGCUUGUCCCCCUCUGGGGCGUCGGAGAGAACCGGAAAGUGCGCACCAUGAAGUCCGUGCUGUUUAGUCGCUUCUUCAUCCUCCUGCCCUGGAUCCUAAUUGUCAUCAUCAUGCUCGACGUGGACACGCGCAGGCCUGCGCCCCCGCUCACUCCGCGCCCCUACUUCUCUCCCUACCCAGUGGGCCGCGGGGGCGUCCGACUCCCGCUCCGUAGGGGGAGCUCCGGACGCGUCGCGGAGAAGCGCAACGAGUCUCGGCCACAGCCACAGCCGCAGCCGUUGCUGCCCACCAUCUAUGCUAUCACGCCCACCUACAGCCGCCCGGUGCAAAAAGCUGAGCUGACUCGCCUGGCCAACACGUUCCGCCAGGUGGCGCAGCUGCACUGGAUCCUGGUGGAGGACGCGGCGGCGCGCAGUGAACUGGUGAGCCGCUUCCUGGCGCGGGCCGGGCUGCCCAACACGCACCUGCAUGUGCCCACGCCGCGGCGCUAUAAACGGCCAGGGUUGCCGCGCGCCACCGAGCAGCGCAACGCGGGCCUAGCCUGGCUGCGCCAGAGGCACCAACACCAGCGCGCGCAGCCGGGUGUGCUCUUCUUCGCCGACGACGACAACACCUACAGUCUGGAGCUCUUCCAGGAGAUGCGAACCACGCGCAAGGUCUCUGUCUGGCCAGUGGGCCUGGUUGGUGGGCGACGCUAUGAACGUCCGUUGGUGGAAAAUGGAAAAGUCGUUGGCUGGUACACCGGCUGGAGAGCAGACAGGCCUUUUGCCAUCGACAUGGCAGGAUUUGCUGUAAGUCUUCAAGUCAUCUUGUCUAAUCCAAAAGCUGUAUUUAAGCGCCGUGGGUCCCAGCCAGGGAUGCAAGAAUCUGACUUUUUAAAACAGAUAACAACAGUGGAAGAACUGGAACCAAAAGCAAAUAACUGCACCAAGGUUCUCGUGUGGCACACUCGGACAGAGAAGGUUAAUCUAGCCAAUGAACCCAAGUACCACCUGGACACAGUGAAAAUUGAAGUGUGAGCUGAAGCAAAAACUGGUGCAGCCUACCUGGCCAGUGAUAUGGAAGAGGAUGACUGGAGUUUAGGAUACAGAACAUUCAGGUAUUGUUUCUUUUACUUCAGUACAAGAGCCUUUAUUGUCAUCUGAUGGACAUCUGUCUAAACAGAGCUUGUCAGUUAAUGUAGCUAAUUUGAUGGUACAAAAUGUAUGUUUUGUCUUCAUUUGUUCUGCAUGUUUUCUCUCCAGCUUAACUGGAGGAUUUUUGUACAGUACAGCUAACAAUGCAAGAUACUAAUCUGAAUAUCUUAUAUACUUUUUUUCCUCAUUUGGCCUGAUAAUUGGUAGACUGAAUAGGUUUAAGAAGCCCAUGACAAAUAUUUUGUCAACUAAACAUUACCAAUUCCCAACUUCACAACAUGAAGUAAAUUUUGAAAGGCUGGUGGCAGUACACAUUGUAGGAGAAAAAAAAAAAAAAAACCCACAAAUAAAAA